UAAAAACUGAAAGCUGAUAAGUAACUUUAUUUCUUUGAUCUUUCAGACUCCAGUACUUUUCGAAUAGGACAAUAUACGAACAAUUAAUGUGAAAUUAAAUAUUGCUCAACGUAAUAUUAUAGUGAUUUCAUUUUAAUUAUAAUCUCACUUUACAUUUAACGUUAUCUCAUAAUCAAGUAAUAAUGUCGGAGUACAACAAAGUCCGGGUAUCGAAGUUGGUAUUGAAAAACGAAAAAGUCAAAAAGAAAAAGAAAAAGAACAAGUCUAAAAAUAAAGAUGAAAAAAUUAAUGUUGAAGAAAAUCAAGAAAAAAUUAACCAUGGUAACUGGGCAGAGGCAAAAUUGGUAAGCGAAAUUUCAGGACCAGUAGCUCUUGAAUUUGGUUCUCAAACUUAUGUUACUGCAAUGGACAAUGGACUGUUUACACUAGGCCCUCCUCAUAAUGAAGGAGAAGGUCCUUUACCAGAAGAAAUUUUAACUGCUAUUAUUGUCAAUGAAACAAGAAUUGCUUUAAAAUCUGGAUAUGGUAAAUAUUUAGGUGUUGAUAAAGAUGGAACUAUAGUUGGAAGAUCAGAUGCCAUUGGACCAUUGGAACAAUUUGAACCAAUUUUUCAAGAUAACAAAUUAGCAAUCCUAGCUUCUACUGGAUGUUUUAUUAGUAUACGAGAUGAAGAUGAUUCUUUGGUUGCAAAAAAUCGAACUGUUGGUCCAAAUGAAUUAGUUAAAAUUAGACUUCAUGCUAUUGAAAAUACAGAAGAAGAGAUUGAUAAAUUGGACGAAAAAAAAGGAAAUAUUAAAGACAUAGAAAAAAAUUAUGUAAAAAUGUUUCAAAAAUUUCAAGAUAAGAAGAUGCGUGUGAUUGAAGGAAAAAGAAGUGAAUUAAAGAAAGCUCAACAAGAAGGAAAAUUACACGAAUCAUUAUUAGACAGAAGAGCUAAAACAAAAGCAGACAGAUAUUGUAAAUAGUUUAUAUUAUUAUUUCAAUGUAUCUUUAUUAAAUUAAGUGUAAUUUUUUAAAAUUUAAUUAAA